UCAAAUUUUUUUGUCAAAAUUGCCGAUUGUCUAAAAUACUGGUGGCACGGUAUUUUGUGAAUCGUUUUCUCAUUCUUGUUUAUGUUUUUAUUAAUAUUCUAAAUUACACCCACCAAAAUGGUUGAAGCACAAAAAUAUAGGAUAGAACAGGAGAUGACCAAUCUGGUCAAUGAGUUAGACAGAAGUUAUCUCAGGAAAAUGCAAGGUGAUAUGCAUCGCUGUGCAGCCAAAUGCUGCGAUGACCAGCAGUCUUCACUAGAGAGAGUGCAUAGUUGCAUAGAAAAUUGCACUACACCUUUGAACCAUGCCAAUAACUAUGUUCAGGGAGAAAUCAACAAUCUUCAAAACAGACUGCAAAGGUGCGUCAUGGAUUGUAAUGAUGCAGCAAGAGACAGGCUAGGGCCGGACCCGAGCCAAGAGACUAUUGAUAAAUGUACGAUAGACUUCGAGAAAUGCGCAGUGAAGUGUGUGGACAAGCAUAUAGGACUGAUCCCCACCAUGAUGAAGACAAUGAAGAAGGUCCUCGCCAGCGGGAAGCCACCACCACCGAGGAAUGAAUAAUGUAUUUUUUCACAUGUGCAAUUUUACGGAUGUUCCUGUGUAAUGUACCUCGAAUUCUUCAUAACAUGAAUGGUUGCAAUACAUGAGUGGUGCCUCUAGUGUUCGGUUGCGGUGGUCAUGGAUGUUCAUAAGAGUCAGCAAACUUAUUGGAUAAAUAACAAUCAAUGUCUCUCAAAAAUAGUCUUGUUGUAUCAGCCAUUAAUUGCCCACUGCUGAACAUAGUUUCCCUCAUAAAGGGUUUUGCCAGUUGCAGGCGGGUUGGCAACCACAAUUUGGCUUUUAGUGAUGUUUUAAGAAGAACGUUGCUGCCCAUCCCUUCACCAUAAGCUCCCUUAGUCACCUCUUACGACUCCCAGGAGAAAGGAAGGGGUGGCCUAUGCGGGAUCUACACGGAUUAGAAUAGGCCAUACACAAAAACAGUGUUAUUACACCAAAAUUGUUAUUAGCUAGAUUGCUUAUACCACGUUUCUUUAACGAACAACGCCACUAGCGAUCAUAUGGCAAUAAGUGGAAAUAUUUUAUAAUGGUAAUUUUAGUUCCUGAAUAUCUCUGUAGAGGCAGCACCAUCGUUUAUUGCUGUUUGCUCGCUAAUCGUUUUCAGUUAAUACAAAACAUGUUAAAUUAUUUUGUAUUAUAGGAUUCUUCAAAAAGGGUAUAUUAAGGUAUAAAUAACUAUUUAUAUUAAAAAAAAAAAAAACUAUCUUAACAUAUUAGUGUAUGCUGGGUUAGUACCAGACCCAACAAACAGAUUUGCCCUCUGCUCAUUUCUCCUAUUGGCAUAAAAACUAAGCUAAGUCUCAAAUUGGACAAUACACAUUCGUGAAAGUUUCAUUAAAGUCAGUCGAGCAGUUUCGGAGAUUAGCCUGGAGGAAGCACCGUGACAUGUUUUUAUAUAUUAAAAUAUGUAAUAUAAUAUUAAAGGUCAUUACCAUAUCUAUGUUAUUAUUAUGUAAAUAGAGUAGAAUAAAGAGUUGUUAAUUAUU